AUGAUAUCUGAAACAUAUGGACUAAAUUUCAUAAAAGAACAUUGGGAUGUGAAUAACGAAAAUUUACACGGAGAUUACUUUGAACAAGAAACUGGACAUUCAAACAUCACCAGGGAAAUGUUUUACUGGAUAAAUUCAUUAGAACCAAGUGUUAAGCUGUUUCUGAAUGACUUUGGCGUUGUGAAUUCCCCUCUUUCUACAACGGCUUACAAAAUUCAAGGAAGAAAAUUCAAAGACAGUGGUGUUCCAAUCUACGGGAUGGGAGUGCAGAGUCAUUUUAAAACUAGCCAAUUAGAUAUGGACGUUCUUAAGUAUAGAUGAGAUAAAAUUUCCCAGAGUGAACUUCCGAUAUGGAUUACUGAACUAAGUAUUUUAGAGUCUAAUGCCGUUGAUAAAGCUACAGCGCUAGAUGAUGUAAUGACAUUGUACUUUAGCCAUCCUGCAGUUGAAGGAGUCCUCCUUUGGGGAUUUUGGGAUGGUGCUAUUAAUAAACAAAUGAACGCUUUAGCAACAGGAGACAAUAUUACGCCAAAUACAGCUGGCCUCAAAUGGAUGAAACUAUUUCAUGAAAGAUUGGUGAACAUCAUUUGUUGAUAAAACACAAUGGCAACGUCAUACAUACCGAAACUAUAAAUCUAGAUCAAGGUGGAAAAACUGCUACUGUGCAUUUACAAGGCUCAGGUAGCAGCUUUCAUGUAUCACAUGUUGUCCUGGAAUGAUAAACAACGAGUGUUGAUCUACAAAUAAGCGAACUGAUAUAACAAAUCAACAAAAUCAUAAUCCUCAAAAAUAUGUAUCCCUGAAUUCAAAUUAUAAAA